UCAGUCGGGAUCCCCUGCUUAUUAUUAAACAUCAUCUAUGGUGUGAUUUGUUUCCGUACGACGACGAAAUUCUUUGGCUCGGAAUCAUCCAAUGCAUCUUGACUUCGGGACAUGUGCUAGGACACCAACGAACCAUCUAGUAGAGUAAGCGAUCGAGCGAGUGAGUGGCGCUUAAUUUCAUUUCAUGUGAACUUCGGGCCAAAUGAUGCCAUCCGUUUUCCACGGCCGAUAUCUCCGUCACAGAAGUGGCCGACACAAUUGAUAGUACGCAAACACCAUUGGUCUUGGUUUAGUCUGUCUUCAAGGCAUCACAUUUGAAGGUGGACAGAAUUCGGGGGGGUUCAACUUGUUUCAGGCUGCCGUCCUCGCAAAUCAUCUGGAAGAAAAUUCAACUCAGUUCACCUGAAUCUUCUGCGAUUGAGAGACGUGGGUAAUGUGAUUGUGGCAUAAGUGGACGUCGACGAUGAAUAUGUUUCGAAGAUCCUGGGCAUUGCACCUAAGCCUCUAUAGCUUAACCAUUAGUGUCACUUUGUGUCAGAGUUACCACAGUCCAUCAAAGGAAUAUGUUCUUGUGCCAAAAGAAUACUUAGAAUCCACAAUCCAUGACUUUAGAUCUCCGUAUGAGGCCAUCCAACGGCCGGAUCGAUCGGCGGGAUCGAUGUACCCAACUCCCGCAGAUGAACCAUCACCCAUUCAGGAGUACUAUUCUUCACCCAAUAGGGCCAAUAACUUGUACAGUCAGAUUGAGGCCGAUUUCUACAAACACGCCGAGGACAAAAAUGAUUUCCCGCCCUCCCAAUUUUGGGCACGGCCUCAAGCCCAAGACACACGCAAGUCUUAUGAGGAGCCCAAGAAUGAGCGAACCUCGUCCCCGGGUUAUUACAAUAGGGCACCUUAUCAUGAACUUUACCCGUCGCCCAAUCAAUUUGAAGAUCCAGCCGCCGUACCUACCCAAGCUCCACGACCUCGUGCUACCUACAAGUAUAAACAGACACCGGUUGAUUAUGAACCCGUGCCAGAGGAGUACGAAGAGCUUCCCGAGCCUGAAAAGGAGGGCAACAGAGAUCGAUUUCCAAAUUUCAAAGACAGAAAGCGUCAUGUUGAAGGCAAACGCCAGAGAGUCAUCAACAGACAACCUUCUCCCCAGUUUGUGCCAACUGUUCCUAGUGUGCCAAUCACUGCGGUCGGCAGUACCAUAACGGAGCAUGAUUUAUUUGCCAAAGCACAAAGUGGUCAACUCAGGGUGCCGCAUAAACGCCCCAGUUUGACUCUCUUAGAUGAAGACGUCCCCCAAUACUCCAAACCACACCGUUAUGCAACAUAUGAGGAUCAAGACAUUGAGGAAUACACUCCCACUGAAAAUGUCCCAAUUCGGCCCAAACAGCGGCUAACCUAUCCUCAAGAACAACGACCACCUUAUCACAAGGAACAACGGCCUACCUAUCCUCAAGAACAACCUCGUUACCACGAUUAUCCCAGGCCAGAGAGCCAUCAAGCAUAUCCGACAGAUCAAAAGAAUGAAGAUUUUUCGGAUAGGCCAUUUGCUCCAAAGACGCAGUAUCAACCUGUGGAAGCACCAAAUGUUCAUGCCUACACAGAGGACUACUACUCUUCGCAAUCAGAGGAUGAAGUACCAGAGCAAACCAUCACACGGCGCUAUACGCCUCCAAGAAAGUCGAGUUCCAAUUAUCCAGGAGAGAACGACUUCCGAGGUCCGCCCACAAAGACCAAGCGACCAAAUAAGGACAUUUUCAUCACCCCGCCGCCAACCAAGGAAGGCUCAAGAUACAAGAGUGAGAGAAAUGAGAGGCCAUCGGUGAUUGACCCCGAAUUGGAGGCUGAGAAACAGAAGCACAAGAAUAUCCAACUUCACAACCUACAAAAGUUGAUUGACUAUGCCGACGGUGGUUCCAAGAAUGAUGACCCUUCGGACUUCAAGUGCCCCAAGGAUGGCCACUUUGGAGACAAGGACGAUUGCGCCAAGUUCUACCGCUGUGCUCAUGGAACCGCCCUGAUUGAAUACUGCCCAGGACAACUUUUUUGGAAUUCGGUGACCGAGCAAUGCGAUUGGCCCGAAGCCGUGGAUUGCAGUUACACCGCCAAAUCGUUGGAGACAUAUCAAUUGACCGAGAGUGACCCGGUCACUAUUUACCUCACAUUUGAUGACGGGCCCAACGAGGGAACCCCAGCCAUUUUGCAAGCCCUGCGCCACCACAAUGUUAAAGCCACGUUUUUCAUCAACAGCCGUAAUCUUCACGACCCCAAACCCGAGCUAGCAGCUCAAAAUGCCAAUAGCUUACUAGCCAUCAUCGCCGACGGCCAUGUUAUAGGCGACCACUCCUACGACCACAUGGCCCACAACAGCAAGAACUCUCCGAAGAACGCCUACCAGAACGUGGAAGAGGACAGCAAGUACUUUGGGAUCAUGAAUACUUACCCUGUGUUGGAUAUUCUGUGGAAGGCCGACAUGAAACAGUACAUCGGCCCCGUCAAUCAUACCAUGACCUACUACGUCCGACUGCCUUACACGAACGCUUGGCGAGCGGGUAAUGUGAAGCGUGACUGUUACUCGUGUACGGUUCCCGGGUCAUCGGGUCAAAAGGGGAUAGAGAUCUCGAACUUGUUGGCAGAGGAAAAGAAACUCAUUUUCGGGUGGGAUCAAGAAUGGGAAAUUGACUGGAAUAGGAACCGCUUCAAAUACGGUGGAAAGGAGAUGUUUUUCCGCUUGGCCAGGGAUCCCCGGAAGAAGCCGCAAAUGGUGUUACUCACCCAUGACUUAGCUUAUCGACCCUAUGCUUUGCGGGAUGAGCAGAAGGAACUGGAGGAAUUUCUUCAUUUGGCGAAGGAGUCGGGAUACAAAUUCGCCACUCUCGACAAAUACAAACUCGAAUGAGCCCUUUACUAGAUCCAUAGAAUCACAGCGCAGCAAAACAUUUCAUCUUGUGGUCCAAUUUUGUACCAGAUAACUCUUGGUCUUGUAAUAAAUGACUUGGUAUACUCCUCUCUCCUCAG